AUGGUGUCUUCGAGUGUGACGAAGCCCGGGACAUUGAGUUCGUUACCGGACACGCCGACGACAUCUACGCCCCGUCAGCGAACCGAUUCGCAGUCGACUACAGCGACAUUGGCAACAACGACGACCCGAUCCUCCGCAAGGACUACGCGAUCAAGUAUGGUCUUUGUUGUAACGGCAUUGGAGAGCAUAGCAGCGUCGAAAGACGCUCGCAAGCGGAAAGCGCUACUGGACUCGACACAACGAGCGCUGUCUGCGAUUCGCGGCGCGCAAGGCGAUGCAUCCCAGAUUGAUCCAGAGAUCAUGUUUGAACCGCUCAACCUGGCGACAGAUGUGAGUACCGUGUCUGUGGUAGUGACAGCGCUGGACUGCAUUGGAAAGUUGAUUAGCUAUUCGUACUUCUCUGCUCCUCCACCAGGCGCAGAGGGUGUGGAAGGGCAGCGUCAGCGUGCGCCGCUCAUCGAACGAGCAAUAGACACAAUAUGCGAGUGCUUUCAAGGCGAGGCUACGCCGGCCGAGGUACAGAUGCAGAUUAUCAAAAGUCUACUGGCUGCAAUCCUGAACGACAAGAUUGUGGUGCACGGUGCUGGAUUGCUUAAGAGUGUACGGCAGACGUACAAUAUCUUCUUGUUGAGCAAGAGUAGUCCAAACCAGCAAAUUGCGCAAGGCACCUUGACGCAAAUGGUAAACACUGUGUUCGAGCGCGUCAAAGUGCGUUUAGCAUCGAAGGCGGCGAGAUCUGGUUCAUCAAAAACCAGCCUUGUAAACGGUACAGCUGAAGUACAAUCUAACGGCGGCGAUGACACUCCAACGGCGAACGCUGGAAACGAAACUCCGACAAUCCCUGAGCCCGAGAUUCCUGCCGAGAAGGAUAGCCAGCCAAAGAUGACACUUGCAACCUUCGAGAACAACAAGUCCUUCGACGAUGCGCAAAUUACAGACACGGCCCCAACGACUGUUAGUAAGGCGAAGCCAGUUAGCGCUGGAAAGCAGCCAACCCGAACAUCCUCCGGCCACGACAUACCGUCGAUUACCGUACACGGCGAAGGCAGUGAAGUACUCUCCACAGACGAAGAGGAAGAGGACGAGAUCUAUGCGAAGGAUGCAUACCUGGUCUUCCGCGCAAUGUGUAAGCUCGCCACCAAAGCCCUGCGACCAGAAGAUGUUGUCGACGCGAGAUCGCAAGGCAUGCGGAGCAAGUUGUUGAGCUUGCACAUCAUACACACCCUCUUGUUUAAUCAUUCUACCGUCUUCGCAAGCUCACAGUCGACGAUCAAGAACGCUGCACAAAGCGCACCAACGCAGUUCACACACGCGGUGAAGCAGUAUUUACUUCCUGUUCUGGCGCGCAAUGCGUCUUCCGGCACACCGCGAGUGUUUGAGGUGUCCGCUGAGAUCUUCUGGCUCAUGAUGCGCGAGCUGCGUAGCCAUCUAAAAUACGAGAUCGAGGUGUGCUUCCGAGAAAUCUACCUUCCGAUGUUAGAGAAGAAGGUUGCGCCAGGGUGGCAGAAGAGCUAUAUUGUGCACCACUUAUUCGGGAGACUAGCGGCUGAUCCGAAGGCGCUCGUAGAGGUAUAUCUCAACUAUGACUGCGGUCGAGGCAUGGAGAAUAUCUACCAGCGCAUCAUUGACCGUGCAUCGCGCAUUGCCGGAGAGCCUGUUGCCGUUACCGCAACGAUGGAGCGGGCGUACAUUGACAGUGCGGCUAAGCAGCAUGGUGGAAUGCAUGAUUGGAGGGAGAAGGGUACUCUACCUCCCAGCCUAGCCACUGCAAGCAUGGCGGGCGGACAGAAUGCGGGCCUCACGGACUUUGCAGACUUCCCGCAAGAGUAUGCACUGAAAAUGCAAGGCCUGGAGUGCGUGGUCAAGACACUACGAAGUCUAGUGAGUUGGGCCCAACCUGCGCUUGCCGACAAUGCUCUUUCGUCGCUCACAGUGGAUGGCGACGGCAGAGGUUCGAUUGACGAUUUGCGAGACAGCAUCGACACUCGUGGUGGCGAGCCCAAUGGUACACCGAGUAUAGAUGGUGCGCCCUUUGAUUCCACUUCCAUUUCGACACCGCCGAUACUCGCUGAAGAUGACCCUGCGGAACUGGAGAAGGUGAAGCAGCGGAAGACAGCGCUGAACAAUGCAAUCCGCCAGUUCAAUUACAAGCCGAAACGAGGUAUCAAGACUUUGAUCGCGGACGGCUUCAUCUCUUCGAACGAUCCCAAGGACAUUGCACAGUUCAUGUUGAGCAAUGAGCGCAUCAACAAGAAGGCGCUCGGUGAGUUCCUUGGUGAGGGAGAUGAAGAGAAUAUCAAGAUCAUGCACGCUUUCGUUGACGCAAUGGACUUUGCACGUACGCGCUUUGUUGACGCCCUGCGACGGUUUCUGCAGUCCUUUCGUUUGCCUGGCGAAGCGCAGAAGAUCGAUCGCUUGAUGCUGAAGUUCGCGGAACGAUAUACCAGCGGCAAUCCAUCUGCGUUCGCAAACGCUGAUACAGCCUACGUGCUCGCUUACAGUGUGAUUAUGCUGAAUACCGAUCAGCACUCGGCACAAGUGAAGCAGCGAAUGACACCGGAGGACUUUAUCAAGAACAAUCGUGGCAUUAACGACAGUGCAGACCUUCCGGAAGAGUAUCUGCGAAGCAUCUUCGAAGAGAUCGCGCAUAACGAGAUUGUGCUGGACACUGAGCGGGAGGCUGAGGCGAACAGGAGCACUGGACCGCAACCAGCGCCUGGAGGCAUUGUAAGUGCUUUAGCAAACGUUGGACGCGACUAUCAGCGCGAAGCAUAUGCGGCGGCAAGCGACGAGAUGAGCAAUCGCACCGAGCAGCUGUUCAAGAAUCUGUUGCGUGCUCAGAAGCGGGGUGGCGCAGAUGGUGCUACGACUGGUGGUGGUAAGGCAGCAGGCGCAGGUUUCUUGACCGCCAGCUCUUCCAAACAUGUCGGUCCGAUGUUCGAAGUGACAUGGAUGUCAUAUCUGACCGCCCUUUCCGGCUGCGCGCAAGAGACGCAGAACCAAGAAACCAUCGCUCUUUGCAUGGAGGGUGAGAAGCUGGCAAUUCAUAUCGCAUGCUUGUUCGAUCUUGCAGAUCCGCGUACCGCUUUCGUCCAAAGCUUGGCACAAAGUACAAGCCUGUAUAAUCUGCCGGAAAUGAAGGCGCGAAAUGUGGAAGCGCUCAAGGCUCUGCUGGAAGUAGCAUGGGAGGAGAGCAACGUGCUGAAGGAGAGUUGGCGAGAGGUGCUGACAUGUAUAUCGCAAUUGGAUCGCUUCCAGCUGAUCAGCUCCGGUGUGGAAGAGGGUGCAGUGCCGGACAUGCUGAGACAACAAACCGGACCGCAGCAGCAACUUCAAGGCGGGCCAAGGGGAGCACAGCUGCCACGACGGCCAACGCAAAGAGCGCCACAAAGUGGGUCCGUAUAUCAAACCAACAUUGCCGAAGAGGCACGAGACGCAGCGAUGGUACGUGUAGUGGACCGCAUCUUCAUGAACACAGCGAACAUGUCUGGCCAUGCCAUCGUCUACUUCGUCCGUGCGCUUGCGCAAGUCAGCUGGCAGGAGAUUCAGAACUCCGGACAAAGCGAGAAUCCACGAACGUACAGCUUGCAGAAACUUGUAGAAAUUUCGGGCUACAACAUGCUGCGUGUGCGCUUCGAGUGGACCAAGAUAUGGGAGGUGCUCGGCCAACACUUCAUUGAUGUUGGGUGUCACUCAAACACGCAUGUGGUCUACUUUGCGCUCAACAGUCUGCGGCAAUUGAGCAUGCGUUUUCUGGAGAUUGAAGAGCUGCCCGGAUUCAAGUUCCAGAAGGACUUCCUGAAGCCUUUCGAGCUGAUAUUGGCGAAUGCCAGUCAAGUGGCGGUCAAGGAUAUGGUGCUACGGUGCCUUAUCCAGAUGAUUCAAGCUAGAGGCGACAUGAUCAGAAGUGGGUGGCGAACGAUGUUCGGUGUCUUCACCGUUGCGGCAAAGGAGCCAUACGAAAGCAUCGUCAACCUUGCCUUCGACAACGUCACACAGGUGUACAAUGAGCGCUUCGGCGUGGUUGUAAGUCAGGGUGCCUUUGCGGAUCUGAUGGUCUGUCUCACGGAGUUCAGCAAGAAUAUGCGGUUUCAGAAGAAGAGUCUGCAGGCCAUCGAAACGUUACGGAGCUCGGUGCCAAAGCUGCUUCGAACGCCGGAAUGUCCUCUCUCGCAGCACGCGGUUGCCGCGAUUGGACGGAAAAGCAUGGACGAGCCGCAAGCGGAAGGCUUGCCAAAGCAGCCUAGCCGGCAGAGUCAAGAGGAGCAGUUCUGGUUUCCAGUGCUGUUCGCAUUCCAUGAUGUGCUCAUGACUGGCGAAGAUCUAGAGGUCAGAAGCAGGGCACUGAAUUACCUCUUCGAGACACUGACUCGGUACGGCGGUGACUUCCCACAAAACUUCUGGGACACUCUUUGGCGACAGCUGCUGUAUCCCAUCUUCAUGGUACUCAAGGACCGAAAGGCGGUUAAUCACGAGGCAGCAAAUCACGAGGAGCUCUCUGUCUGGCUGUCAACGACGCUCAUACAGGCUUUGCGAAACAUGAUCAGCUUGUUCACGCACUUCUUUGAAGGCUUGGAGUACAUGCUGGACCGGUUCCUCGAUCUGCUGGCCUUAUGCAUCUGCCAAGAAAACGACACACUUGCACGGAUUGGGAGCAAUUGCUUGCAACAGCUGAUCCUGCAAAAUGUGACGAAGUUCAGCCCUGUUCAUUGGGAGAAGAUCGUUGGUGCGUUCGUCGACCUAUUCGCACGAACCGAAGCGAGGGAGCUAUUCUCAGCUGCUACUGCCGGUAGCGGGUAUCGAAGGGAGAGCGAGGCGGCAAAUGGCCAUGUGCCGGACCCAACCGUGUCUAAGUCACCAAAUGUGCUGACAGGAGCUUCAGCCGGUGACGAUGUUAAUGGCGGCAUGCCAGCCAGUAAUGCUUUGCGCAUCAACGGACUUGGCGAGGAAACGCCGACGUUGAACGGUGAUGGCAGACCAGAUGUCCUGUCUGCACGAUCUUUGUCACUCUCGGAUCAGGAUCGGGAGGUGUCGCCCGUGCCAUCGAAGCAGUCCGAGCUAGAGGACUUCGCCACACCAACAUCAAGCAAGCAACAAGCGCCGGUAGUCGUGACGGCUGCACGGAGACGCUACUUCAAUCAAAUCAUCACGAAAUGCGUCUUGCAGCUACUGAUGAUUGAGACGGUAUCAGAACUAUUCAACAACGAUGCCGUCUACGCCUCGAUACCUUCUCACCUGUUGCUCCGACUUAUGGCGCUGCUGAAGAAGAGUUACCACUUCGCCAAGCGGUUCAAUGAAGACCGCGAGCUGCGCACACGUCUUUUCAGGGAAGGCUUCAUGAAGCAGCCACCCAACCUCCUCAAACAGGAAAGCGGCAGCGCUAGUGUAUACGUAGGCAUCCUGCUACGAAUGUACAGAGAUGACACCGACGAGCGAGCAGCUAGUCGGCCGGAGACUGAAGCUGCUCUGAUACCACUCUGCAGCGACAUCAUUGCAUCAUACAUCCAAAUGGACGAGGAGACACAACAGCGGAAUAUUGUCACGUGGCGGCCCGUGGUUGUUGAUGUCCUCGACGGCUACAUCGGCUUUGGCGAGGAUGAAUUCGCAAAGAACGUGCCGGUCUUCGCGCCGCUGGCUGUUGGCUUGAUGGGCCGGGACAUGGGUCCUGAGUUACAACGUGCUGUGCAAACAUUAUGGCGUAGGAUUUGUGAGGUGCAGCUUGGCAUAAGCGCUGAGAAGAUAAAGGAGGUCAUGCCUCCUCCAAGAAGCGUAGAGGCGCCUAUGAGUCCUCACGCCACUGUCGUCGGAUCGCGAAAGAGUAGUAAAGGAAGGUAA